CUGGAGAAGUUCGGCUCCAUUUUGUGAGAAGCUGUGACGACGCUCUGAUCCUCCGACCGAUCCCAGACCAGCAGCUCCAGACCCAGAACCAGACCGCAGACUCACCGCCCGUCGACAAGUUAUCCUCCGAAAAGGAAAUCCAAUCUUAUCGUAUGUCCUCUAUCCAGAACCUCCAAACUUAUGACCCCUUUGCUGAUAAGGGUGAUGACCAACACCCAGCUGGGACUGAGGACUACAUCCACAUAAGAAUCCAACAGCGGAACGGCAGGAAGACCCUCACCACUGUCCAGGGCAUCUCCUCCCAGUAUGACAAGAAGAAGCUAGUCAAGGCCUUCAAGAAGAAGUUUGCCUGCAACGGCACAGUGAUCGAGCACCCGGAGUAUGGUGAAGUGAUCCAGCUUCAGGGUGACCAGCGCAAGGAUAUCUGCAAGUUCCUCACUGAUGUUCACCUGGCUAAGGAUGAGCAGCUCAAAGUCCACGGCUUCUAGAAGCUGCCGAUCGGCCCCCUCCCCGACUCUCCAGGACGGCCAUUAACCCCCCCACCCCUCCUCCUCCCUUCCUCCUAUGUGCUGCUGUUGGCCCCCCCCUCGUAGUCCCACCAGCUCCUACUAGCUAACACGAGAUUUACCUCUUGACAAACAUGGGACUCUGUAACACCGACCCCUACAACACCAGGGGGCAGGCUCGCUCUCACAAAGACACGCCACUGCAGCUCCACACAACAUCAGGGAUGAGUGGUGAUGACCCCGCCCACCUCCUCCUCCCCCUUGUUUAUUCCUUUAUUUUUUAUUUUUAGGUCUUGUGUCGCAAUAAAGACACUAUUUCAUGUAACUUUUUGUUUUGUAUUCAAGGUGUUUCAAUAAAACAAUGAGUCUCCA